GUGUCGACGGGAGCUAGCUCCCCCUGCAUUCUGGAACGCGGAGAGGACGAUCAUGGAACAGAGAGCACGAGCAGUGUCUUGUUCUUGGGCAACCUACAGGCAACGGAGUGUUCGGAACAGGAAACGUCCCCGGCCCAUCGAUGCCAACGAAUCUGCCGCAGCAGAGUCACAUCCCAUGUCCGAGUUCUGCGAUGGAAAGAGGAAGGCCGUCACCGAGAUCGGAUUCGGCGGAGUUCUACGCAUGCCGAUGAACGGCAAUGCCAACCUCAGGCACACCGUGUCACUUCUCAGCAGAGUUGAUCUGAAUUCCAGGUCCCUGCCCAUCGGGAAAGAUGUCAGGGUCCAAAUGAGCCCAGAGCACAUAGAGAGGCUGAUAGGCACGCCCUCGAGAGGCCGGCGAGUCUGUGGACUGGACCCGGACACCCCGGAAGAGAGGACGGACUUCGUGAGGCUCGCCAUGGGCUCGCAGCGGUUCUGCAACGACGGGCUGAAGGCCGCCGAGCUCGUCGUCCGGCGGGACUGGGACGGGUCGGUCACCGCCGAGAGGGUGGAUGAGUUCAAAGUGGCGUUCGUCGUCUGGAUCGUCGGGCGUUUUCUUGCUCCGUCCGCGAAGCGUGGUGAUCAUGGGUGCUCGGACUUCUGGGGCUCGCUCUACAACGCGGAUGAGAUCAGAGAAUACAACUGGAGCGCGUAUUUCCUCGCACACAUCAUGGAUGCUGCAGCAAGGGUUCAGUCAGACAUCAGGAACAAGAGGGCCACGACUACAAUGCUGAUCACUGGUUGCCCGCUUCUCCUACAGUUGUACGACUUGUACCUUGGGCCCCUGAGCAAGCCACACUUGGUGUCCCCUAGUGUCAAAUACUACGACAGCGAGACACUCGUCAACAAGAUGAUCGGUGCCGAUAAGCCACCCAAGAUUUCAGCGCAAGGGGAGCCAUCCUUCAAAGCAUGUGGCCCUCGCCGCCGAGAAGAGUCAUGCUCCAUGACUAAGGAUCCAGGGCAACCAAGCUCAUCCCAUGUUUUGAGGCCAGGUCAGGGUGCACCCAAACCCCCUCACGUCCAAGUAACAAAUCAAGUCCCACCGAUCCUCCACCCCUACAAUGCAAACGACUUCUGCGAGUUUUUGAAGGAGAGAUACCCGGACGUGAUCGAUUCUGAAUUGGUAGGCCAUUUGAAGUUCCACAAUGCUAGGUGCAUCCUGCAUGCUAGCAUAUUCAAGAACUCCAUCAUCACUGAGAACAUGAAACUCGCGGCCAAAAUACUAGACACGCAGACGCAGAGACAGCGAAAGCAGCAAGCGCCUGCCCGGUCUCGUGUUUUAGAAGACUACUUCACCGCUAGUGAUUCUGAAACCGAAACAGAGAAGAAACGAGCCAGGACCCAUGAAAACUGCUGGCCAGAUAUUGCUCCAUGCUUCUCUGUCGGCACAUCUCAGUGUGUUCUUGGGACUUCUGAGCUUCAGGUGGCUGGUGGUGCUAUGAGAAAUGGUGCUUGCGUGAAUGCCGGCAUUACGGUGGGAAAGAAAAUGUGUGAAUGGAACAAAGGGGGGAGUUUCUCCAUGCCGAAGAUUUGGCAGUGGUCUGAUCUGAAGGUCAAGUUACCUGCCGGCUUAGAUGAUUGUUCAGAGGAGCUUUCCAUGGAUGAAGAGAGGUGGCACUGUGGAUAAAUCGAGAAUGUGAUGUGAUCAGUGGCAGAUCUUCAGCAAGAAUUAAGCAGGGGCAAAAUGAGUCUUUGAGGGAGUUGAGGGAACUAACUUAGUCUAUUAUGUCAAAUUUAGCUUAUA